CAUUUUGUACUCAUUUUAAACUCAGUUGGCUUCACGCAGCCGCCGCGCGCUCUGGAUACGCUGACACCAUGGAUACCGAGCGCCUUUUCCUGCGUUAAAACUCCACAAUGAGGGAUAAAAGCAAAAUGCGGUGUUGGGAGAGUUAAUCCAUUACUGGAGCCCUUUCGGCGAACCUGACUGGGAUCCGGCAGGUAUCCGGGCAUGGAGCCGGCGAUGUGUAGGAUUUGGAUCUGUGUCCUGCUCGCGGUGCCGCUUGCGGGAUGUUUGGAGAUGCACCUUUCGGAGACUUUACAGCCCGGGAGCAUUUUGGCAAACCUGUCUCUGGGACCUGGCUGGACGUAUAACAUCGACAGGACUUUAUCUCCCAACUUCAUCCAGACGCUUUUCCAAGUUGGGAAGCGCAGCGGGGUGAUCCGCCUGUCCCGCAGGAUUCAGUGCGCGCACACGCCGAGGAACCCAGCGCCUGUUUAUUUCAGAGCAGGUUCCUCAACGUCCGGGGACGCGACCCUGACGCAUUUUAACGUGUUUGUCCACGGACAGAACUGUUUUAUUAAGUACAAGAGAAAGACUGAGCCGGACAUUCACAUUGAACACGUUUUGAAAGUGAGGUCAGCUUCCUGUUUACUCGCAGGUAAAUUGUUAUUGAAUGUAAAGAAACUUUUGCCAGCAUCCACGCAAAGUAUAACCCUUUUAAAUUCUAAAUGUGUUGGAAAUGACUUUGUUGCGGCGCUCAUGCAUGGAGAUUUGUUCCUGGUCAACGACUUGUGCCUUGAACACAAAGAAAAGGUGGAUUUGCACUGCACCCUGCAUGGCUCUCCAGGCAGCAGGCUGUCUGCGCAGCUGAGUUUGACUCUGUCACAACAUGAAAGUACCCACAGAAAGUCUGGCAAACUGAUCCACAGGGGGAAGCGUCAGGUUAACUCAGGUCCGCGGUUCCAGAUCUCCACCUAUCAGGUGUCUGUCCCUGAGAAUGAGCCCCCAUACACACAUGUCAUCAACCUAAAAGCAGUUGAUCCGGAUGAUGGCGAGGCAGGGAGGCUGGAGUACAGCAUGAAGUCUCCUCAAGACAAGAGGUCUGAUAAUUACUUUCGAAUAGAUGCAAAGACGGGGAGCGUAUCGACCAUUCAGCAGCUUGAUAGAGAACUAAUGGACACACAUGUUUUCUUAGUUUUUGCAACUGACAAUGGCACCCCAAAAAGAUCGACCAGUUCUAUCCUGACCAUCACAGUUAGUGACAAAAAUGACCACAGGCCCGUGUUUGAGCAAAAGAAUUACAAAAUAAACAUCAGGGAGAAUGUGGAGGUUGGCUUUGAGGUGAUGACCAUACGUGCCACUGAUGGUGAUGCCCCCUCCAACGCCAAUAUGGUUUAUAAAAUUGUCAAUGAAGACGGUAUCAACUCUGUGUUUGAGAUCGACUCCCGGAACGGCCUGGUGAGGAUCAGGGAGCGGCCUGACAGGGAGACCCGAGCCCAAUACAAGCUGAUCGUUGAGGCUGAUGACCAGGGCAAGGACCCUCAUCCUCUGACCGCCACUGCCACAGUUCAGAUCACUGUGGAGGAUGAAAAUGACAACUAUCCCCAGUUUAGCGAGAAGCGGUACGAGGUACAGGUCCCAGAGAACGUAGCUGUCAACACUAAAGUUAUACAAGUGGAAGCGACUGACAAAGACGAGGGGAAUAACGCCAAAGUUCAGUACAGCAUCAUCAGCGGCAACAUUAAAGGCCAGUUCUACAUAAACUCGGAAAAGGGUGAGAUUAAUGUCAUCAACCCUCUGGACUAUGAGAUGAUUCGGGAGUAUAAUCUAAGGAUCAAAGCUUAUGAUGGUGGCAGACCCCCAUUGAUGAAUAACACUGGAAUGGUAGUGGUGCGUGUGGUGGACAUCAACGACAAUGCUCCUAUGUUUGUCAGCACUCCUUUCCAGGCCACCGUGUUGGAAAAUGUUCCCCUCGGUUAUUCUGUUAUUCACAUUCAAGCAAUAGAUGGCGAUUCAGGAGAAAACGCUCGUCUGGAAUACCGGCUCACUGACACAACACCUGGUUUCCUGUUCACCAUCAACAACAGCACCGGCUGGAUUACAGUUGGUGAAGAACUGGACAGGGAGACGACUGACUUCUACACCUUUGGCGUUGUGGCAAGAGAUCAUGGGAGGCCUGCUAUGUCUUCAUCAGCCAUCGUAAGCAUCAUGGUGCUGGACGUGAAUGACAACGUCCCCGCAUUUACUGAAAAGACAUACUCUUUAAAGAUCAAUGAAGAUGCCGUUGUGGGGACCAGUGUGCUGACCGUGACAGCUGUGGACAGGGACAUUAACAGUGUGGUGACUUAUCAGAUCUUCAGUGGAAACACCAGAAACCGCUUUUCCAUCACCAGCCAGAGUGGUGGGGGCCUCAUCACCCUGGCCCUUCCCCUGGACUACAAGCAAGAGAGGCAGUACGUCCUGACGGUCAUGGCGAGCGAUGGGACACUCUACGACACGGCUCAGAUUUUCAUCAAUGUGUCAGAUGCAAAUACACACCGGCCUGUUUUUCAGACCAGUGGCAACCUGCAGGUGCUUCUUGGUGAGGAAAAGCCUAUAGGCUCUUUUGUGACUAUGAUCACUGCAACGGAUGAUGACACGGGGGAGAACGCUCGCAUCACGUAUGUCAUGGAAGAUAAUGUUCCACAAUUUAAGAUAGACCCCGAUACUGGUGUAAUCACAACACAGAUGGAGAUCGAUUAUGAACACCAAGCGUCCUACACUUUAGCCAUCAUUGCCAGAGACAAUGGCAUCCCUCAGAAAUCUGAUACCACUUAUGUGGAGAUUAGAAUUGAGGAUGCUAAUGACAAUGCUCCCAUCUUUAACAAAGAUGUAUACAAGGGGAGUGUACUUGAAGAUGCACCUAUCCAAACCAGUGUUCUCCAGAUUGUUGCGUCAGACAGAGAUUCUGACUCCAAUGGAAGGGUGAGUUACACCUUUCAGGGUGGAGAAGACGGAGAGGGCGAUUUCACCAUUGAAACAUAUUCUGGAAUAAUUCGAACUGCUCGCAAACUGGACCGCGAGAACGUUGCUUUUUACAACCUGAAGGCGUUAGCUGUGGAUAGAGGGCUUCCUCCUCUGAAGGCAGUUGUUUCUGUUAAUAUUUCAGUCCUAGACAUAAACGACAAUGCUCCGGUGUUUGAGAAGGAUGAGCUUUUUAUUUAUGUGGAGGAAAACAGCCAAGUGGGGUCCGUUGUUGCCCAAAUCACUGCCACCGACCCAGACGAGGGCACCAAUGCUCAGAUUAUGUACCAGAUUGUGGAAGGAAAUAUUCCAGAAGUUUUUCAGCUCGACAUUUUUAACGGCAACCUCAUCGCGCUCACAGACCUGGACUACGAGACCAAAACAGAAUACAUCAUUGUGGUCCAGGCCACCUCAGCCCCAUUGGUGAGCCGGGCUACAGUACACAUCCGGCUAGUGGACAUGAAUGACAACGUACCUGUACUGCAGAACUUUGAGAUCAUCUUCAACAACUAUGUCACCAACAAGUCCAACAGUUUUCCAACUGGAAUUAUUGGAAAGGUACCAGCCCAUGAUCCAGAUGUGUCGGAUAAGCUGCGUUACAAGUUUGAAUCUGGAAAUGACCUCAAUUUGCUGCUGUUGAAUGAAGACACUGGGGAUCUGAGACUGAGCAGGGAUCUGGAUAAUGACAGGGCUCUGGAAGCCCCCAUGACCAUUUCUGUCUCAGAUGGCCUCCAUACAGUCAGAGCCAUGUGCACGUUGCGCGUCACCAUCAUCACCGACGACAUGCUUACCAACAGCAUCACGGUGCGCCUGGAGAACAUGUCGCAGGAGCGCUUCCUGUCUCCCCUCCUCAGCCUCUUCCUGGAAGGAGUGGCAGCCGUUCUGUCCACCAAGCGGGAGGCCGUGUUCGUGUUCAACAUCCAGAAUGACACCGACGUGCAGGGCUCCAUCCUGAACGUCACCUUCUCGGCGCUGCAGCCGGGAGGCACGCCCGGUAAAGGGACGUUCUUCCCCUCCGAGGACCUCCAGGAGCAGAUCUACCUGAACAGGACGCUGCUGAGGCUGAUUUCUUCUCAGGAGGUGUUGCCGUUCGAUGACAACAUCUGUCUGCGGGAGCCCUGCGAGAACUACAUGAAGUGCGUCUCGGUGCUGAAGUUUGACAGCUCGCCGCCGUUCAUCGCCUCCAACACGGUUCUUUUCCGACCCAUCCAUCCCAUCAACGGGCUCCGGUGCCGCUGCCCGGUGGGCUUCACCGGGGACUACUGCGAAACCGAGGUCGACCUUUGCUACUCGGGGCCGUGCAAGAACAACGGAAGGUGCCGCAGCCGAGAGGGCGGGUACACCUGCGAGUGCCUGGAAGACUUCACAGGCGAGCAUUGUGAGGUGAAUGCGUCGUCAGGCCGCUGUGUUCCCGGUGUUUGUAAGAACGGUGGGAAAUGCGUCAACCGGCUUGCUGGAGGUUUCAUGUGCGAGUGUCCACCCGGGGAGUUCGAGAGGCCUUACUGUGAAAUGACCACCCGCAGCUUCCCCGGCCAGUCGUUCGUGACGUUCAGGGGUCUCCGGCAAAGGUUCCACUUCACCGUUUCCUUCAUGUUUGCUACCAGAGAAAGAAAUGCUCUGCUUCUCUACAACGGCAGGUUCAAUGAAAAACACGACUUCAUCGCCCUGGAGAUCAUCGACGAACAGAUUCAUCUUACCUUCUCCGGAGGUGAAACAAAAACCACGGUGUCUCCCUACAUCCCCGGCGGAGUCAGCGACGGCCAAUGGCACUCUGUCCAGCUCCAUUACUACAACAAGGAAGGGUGGGGUCUGGCGGACUCCAGAGGGGGUCUGCGUAUCCCGCUUUAUACUGCCUGGCUGGAGCUCAUUCAGAAAGAGCCUAACAUCGGGCGCCUCGGCAUCCCUCACGGACCCUCUGCAGAAAAGGUGGCGGUGGUCGCCGUGGACGACUGCGACAUCUCCAUGGCGAUCCGCUUCGGGAAGCAGAUCAGUAACUACUCGUGUGCCGCCCAGGGCACCCAGACCGGACAGAAGAAAUCAUUGGACUUGACGGGUCCGCUGUUACUAGGCGGAGUUCCCAAUUUGCCCGAGGCAUUCCCAGUCAGGAACCGAAACUUCGUAGGCUGCAUGAGAAACCUAACAAUCGACAGCAAACCCAUUGACAUGGCCAGCUACAUCGCCAACAACGGCACCGCUGCAGGUUGUCCAGCGAAGAAGAACUUCUGUACAAACGACGUGUGUCUGAACGGGGGCAUGUGUGUCAACAAGUGGAACACCUACAGCUGCAACUGCCCUACUGGCUACGGGGGCAAAAACUGUGAACAAGAGAUGCCUUCGCCUCAGUUCUUUGACGGCCAGGCGUUGGUGUCCUGGAGCGAGACGGACAUCACCGUCGCUGUACCCUGGUACGUGGGUCUCAUGUUCCGGACCCGGCAGCCAGCUGGGACUCUGAUGCAGGUCAACGCCGGAUCAUCCUCAACUAUAAAUCUCAUGUUGAGGGAGCAGCAGGUCCGUAUGGAAGUGUUUCUAAGGGAGCAGUUGUUGGCGUCGCUGGGCUUCCCGCAGGUCCGCAUCAGUGAUGGGGAGUGGCACCACUUGCUAGUUGAACUGAAAAGCAUUAAAGAUGGCAAAGAGCUUAAAUACAUGGCGGCUGUUUCCUUGGAUUACGGCAUGUACCAGCAGAAGUCUGUGGAGAUCGGUAAUGACCUCCCAGGUCUGAAGGUGCGGACUCUUCAUGUCGGAGGCCUGCCCGGAGAGGGAAACAUUGUUAACAAAGGAUUCGUUGGCUGCAUACAGGGUGUCCGGGUGGGGGAGACAGCCACCAAUGUGGCCAACGUGAACAUGGCUCAGGGCCUGAAAAUCCACGUGGAGGAUGGCUGCGAUCUGGCGGACCCUUGCGAAUCCAACAUCUGCCCUGAGAACAGCCACUGCAGUGACGACUGGAGCACACACACCUGCGUCUGUGACCCAGGUUACUUUGGUAAGGAAUGCGUGGACGCUUGUCAACUCAAUCCCUGUGAGCACAUCUCCAGUUGUGUCCGCAAGCCCAGUUCGUCCCACGGAUACACCUGCGAAUGUGGACAGAACUACUACGGCCAGUACUGUGAAAACAAAGUGGAGAAGCCGUGUCCUCAGGGUUGGUGGGGCAGCCCUGUGUGUGGGCCCUGUAACUGUGAUACAAGCAAAGGAUUUUAUAAAGACUGCAACAAAACCACUGGAGAGUGUCGCUGCAAGGACAACUACUAUCGUCCUGAGGGCGAGGACACCUGCUAUCCCUGUGACUGUUUCCCCAUCGGCUCCGAGUCUCGAACCUGCGACCCGGUCACCGGCCAGUGCUCCUGCAAGGGAGGCGUCAUCGGCCGUCAGUGCAACCGCUGCGAUAACCCCUUUGCUGAAGUGACACCCACUGGAUGUGAAGUUGUGUAUGAAGGCUGCCCAAAGGCUUUUGACGCUGGCAUUUGGUGGCCAAAGACCAAAUUUGGACGCCCUGCUGCCAUGGAGUGCCCCAAAGGAUCCAGUGGUACUGCAGUUCGCCACUGCAGCGAUGAGAAGGGCUGGUUGUCUCCUGAACUUUUCAACUGCACCACAGCAACUUUCUCGAAUUUGAAGAAAAUGAAUGAGGAGCUGCGCCGCAACAGCUCCCGGAUGAACAGCGAACAGUCCAAGACCAUUGUGCGCUUGCUUCACAGCGCCACAAACAGGAAGUCGCGCUUCUACGGCAACGACGUCAAGAUGGCUUCCCAGCUGCUGAACCACGUGCUGAAGUACGAGAGCCAGCAGUCUGGCUUCGAUCUGACCGCCAUGAAGGACGCAGAGUUCAACGAGAACUUGGUGCGAGCUGGCAGUGCCAUUCUGGACCCCGGCACCAAAGACCACUGGGAGCAAAUCCAGAGAACUGAAGGCGGCACCGCACAGCUGCUUCGCAACUUUGAGGACUAUGCUAACACGUUGGCCCAAAACGUCAGAAAAACCUACCUCAAACCCUUCACCAUUGUCACUGAAAACAUGAUCCUAACUGUGGACUACUUGGAUGUGUCAGACCCAGAGAAGGCGACAUUACCUCGAUUUAAGGACAUCCAAGAGUCCUACUCCAGAGAACUCGGCUCUUCUGUCCACUUUCCACUUUUUAACUUACGAGAUCAUGUCCACAGAGAGGAUCCAACUCCAGAACCUCCAACCCAGACCGAUCAUCCCGAGGAAGAGGAGCGCACAGUGUCUGACAGGAAACGGCGCCACCUUGAGCCGCCUGCACCUAAGCCGGUUGCCGUGGUCAUAGUGUACAAGUCGCUGGGCCAGCUCCUCCCGGAAAGAUACGACUCUGACAGGAGGAUUCUGAGGCUCCCCAACCGUCCAGUGAUCAACACAGCAAUAGUGAGCGCCACCGUCCACAGCGAGGGUCCACCCCUUCCUCCCAUCCUGGACCCUCCUAUCACCUUGGAGUACACCCUACUGGAGACAGAGGAGCGGACAAAACCCGUCUGCGUUUUCUGGGACCACUCCUCCUCGAACGGAAACAAAGGCGGUUGGUCCUCCAGAGGCUGCGAAGUGCUCAACAGGAACAACAGCCACAUCAGCUGCCAGUGCAACCACAUGACCAGCUUUGCCGUCCUGAUGGACAUUUCGAAGAGAGAGCACGGGGAUGUCCUCCCGCUGAAGAUCGUCACUUACGCCACGGUGUCCGUCUCUCUGUUCCUCCUCCUCCUCACCUUCAUCCUGCUGUGCCUCCUGCACCGGCUGCGCUCCAACCUGCACGCCAUCCACAGGAACCUGGUGGCGACGCUCUUUUUCUGCGAGCUGGUCUUCCUGCUCGGUAUCAAUCAGACGGACAACAUGUUUGUGUGUACGGUGAUAGCCAUCCUCCUCCACUAUUUCUACAUGUGCACGUUCGCCUGGAUGUUUGUGGAGGGACUGCACAUCUACCGCAUGCUGACCGAGCUGCGGAACAUCAACCACGGCCACAUGAGGUUCUACUACGCCAUCGGCUGGGGCAUACCGGCGAUCAUCACCGGUUUGGCAGUUGGCCUCGAUCCUCAGGGUUAUGGAAAUCCAGAUUUCUGCUGGCUCUCUGUACACGACACGCUCAUCUGGAGCUUCGCAGGACCCAUCUUUGUGGUUGUUCUCGUGAACAUAGUGAUCUUCAUUUUAGCAGCGAAGGCUUCCUGUGGUCGCAGGCAGAAGGUUGUGGAGAAGUCAGGAGCUAUUCCUGCGCUGCGUAUGGCCUUCCUCCUCCUGCUGCUCAUCGGCGCCACCUGGCUGCUCGGUCUCAUGGCGGUCAACAGCGACGUAAUGAUUUUCCACUACCUGUUUGCCAUCUUCAGCUGCCUGCAGGGAGUCUUCAUCUUCUUCUUCCACGUGAUCUUCAACAAAGAGGCGAGGAAAAACCUCAAGAACGUCUUCACAGGUAAAAAGACGGUACAGGACGACUCCAGCACCACAAGGGCCUCCUUACUCACCCGGUCUCUAAACUGCAACACAUACGCAGAAGACGGGCCGCUGUAUCGCACAGCCAUCGGCGAGUCCAACGUCUCCCUGGACAGUACGCUCAGGUCAGGCAAGAGCCGCAGCAGCAGCUACCUGGCUUACGCACUCAGGGAAGAGUCGGGUCAGAAGCCCAGCUCCUCAGGAACAGCUAAAGGACACACAGAUCUGGAUGGUCCUCUUUUCCACCAAAAUGGCACCAAAGGAGACGACUCCGACUCAGACAGUGAGUUGUCUGUGGAUGAGCACAGCUCCUCCUACGCCUCGUCCCCCUCCUCUGACAGCGAAGACGACGAUUCGGAUGUCAAGCCUAAAUGGAACAACGAGAGGCCCCUUCACAGCACUCCAAAAGGUGAUUCUGUGUCCAACCACGUGAGGCCUUACUGGCCAACAGAUGGCACCACGGCCAGUGACAGCGAGGACCUGAGUGUGACAGACCGGCUCAGGGUGGAGACCAGGGUCAACGUGGAACUGCAUCCGGAAAAUAAACUCAACCACGUUGGUGAGAGAGAGAGGGAAGCUCCCCCGGAGAAAGACAAGCCGGCGCCCGGUAUCGCCAAAGACGCUCCACCUCCCAGCCAACCCAUCAGCAACAGCAACCACCAGCCAGAGCAGAGGAAAGGCAUCUUAAAGAACAAAAUCAGUUACCCUCCUCCGCUGACGGACAAGAAUAUGAAGAAUCGUCUAAGGGAGAAGCUGAGCGACUACAACUCCCUGACCAUCACCUCCCCUCCGCCCAUCAACAACAACCACACAUCCGCCCUGCCUCCGUCGUCCGUCAACAUCAUAACCCCUACGUCCAUGCCGUCGUCGCAGGCCUCCACCGACGGAGGGGGUCGCCUCGGCAACCACAACCACGGCUCUCUGGUGAAGCCGCCCGUCGCGCCCCGUCCUCAGAUUACCGUCGCGCCGCCACCGGGAGGCAUCUACCGGGAGGCCAACGGCGGAGUGGCAAUGCACUUAAAGUCGGGGACGGUGAACGGAGGAAACGACUCCGACUCAGAUGGCAGUAACGAGACUUCAAUCUGACCCGUCAGGCAAUUCCAGACCAGCCCGCCCUUGUGAGAGGAGGAGCCAGUCAGUGGGGAAGAGAAGAGAAAAUGAACGUGAUGAACACGGAGGGGGUAGAACUUUGGGUAAAGGUCCAUACACCCCCUGUCACGUUUUAGCGAGCAGUAUUAACGGCAGACUUUAGGACUACCUGGGACGGCAGAGACAAGGAUGCGAGAAAGAAUAAAGGGAAUGCUCCACCGGAGACACGUGUGCCAAAAUCGACUAAAGAGAGAAGGCCUUACGACGAGCAGAAGACUCUCCAGGACAGCUUCCAUCUGCCUGAGAGCGUCUGAUAAAUGAUCUCAAGCUGGUACACGUGUAGUCCAAAAAGGAUUUCAAAGACUACAGCCUCUUCAAGCGUCACAAACAGACCGCUAAGACCAAGGGCAGAGGAGGUGCGCACCGAGAACUGUUUUUAUUUUUCUACAGAAACCUCUCGGUGCGGUGUAUUUAGAGUGUAAUUAUUGUGUAGAUAUUGUUUUUUAAGUGAAGAAGAAAUAAUGUAUUUUCUAUUUCAGCUGAAGCAGAGAACAAGUUUGUAAACUAAAAAAGAAAAGAAAUGCCUUGAAAAAUAUUGGGAAGACUGUUUGAUUGUGCCUUUAUUUAGGACAGAGGCCUUAUUCACUCACACCUUAUAUGCUCUUAUGGUGUAGUAAGAAGUAGCCUGGCUGAGAAAGCAGUGGAGAAA